GGGAGGAGUCACUGGUUGCUCCUGUUUCUCGCUCUCACUGCCUGAGAUAAAACCCUUCAACUCCAACUUUAAAACUCUCAUAAGAAAAUUACAAAUGGAAAACUGUUAAAGGGACUUACUUCCCGAUGGUGAUCCGCACCACUUUGGUGUUUUAUUUAUUAGGAAGUCCGCCCGGUAGCUUUUAUGAUGGAAACGUGUGGUCGGAGUCGCGCGCACCGUGUGGUUUUAACGGUGUUGCUGUUUGUACUAAAUACUGUGAUCGCUGAAACAUUCUCCCCAGAUACGGACACCGACGGCCCGUUGAGCAGCGAAACCUUUUCUGUGGGAACAACUGGUUUAAAACACACUACAUCUUGGUCGGAGAGAGAGGCCACUGCCACUGUUGUGGAUCUAUCGAGGGCGAGCGGACAGAGGGGCUUGACGGACAUUCCCGCCAGUGUGUCGAUCACUGGAGCUGGACAUUCAGGAAAGACCUCACACAUCUCCAUAAAUACAAGGGACUGGACAACUCAAAAGAGCUCUGAUGAAUCCACUAUACUGCUGCGAUCCAACAAAGAGCUUACGCAAAAUACCACAGCCCAAUGGGAGGGACCGUCAAUAGUAUCCCACAGCAUCAGUUCCAACCCAACCCUCUCAUACAAACACCAGCCUGGGACAGAUGCGUCCACUGAACAGCUGCAAUCCAAUAAAGAACGUUCCUAUAAUGCCACUUUCCAAUGGGAGGCUCCAUCAAUUGCAUCCCUUGGCACUAGUUCUUCCCAGGCCCUAUCAGAGAAACACCAGCCUGUGACCGAGUCCCGGGCAAUGCGAGACAUUCCCAUAACCGACCUGAGAGAACGUUAUGUGGACACAGUCAGCAGUGAUUCUGUCUCUCGCACUGAUAGUACCUUCAUUUCCACAACCAGCCGAGUUGGAGAACGCACCCUGCUCUCUGUGACCUCGAACAGGACCUCUCCAUACUCCGAGAACUCCAACUCCUCUGAGGCUGUGUCUCAAACUUUAAGCUGGGAAGAGAGUGCAUCAGAGGCCACCCAGGGCAGGGAGCAAUCAGAAACUGUAGAAGGUGCAUUUACAGCAUCUGAGCAGACAGAGCCUACAUUGGAAGAUCAUAAUCCCACUAAUGCAACUCUGGGCCAGUUUUUAGAGACUGAGGAGUCACCGGUGUCUCAAGGCACGGAGUCACAGACGGGAAAGCCUAGUGUCACAGAACAAAGUUUUGAGCAACGAAAUUCAACACCCCCUCUUACAGUGAUCAACACUGGGGAAACGGAUGUCACAUCGAUCAAUGGUGGGACGUUUUACACCGAAAACGAUGACUCCUUGUCCUCUAUCGCUCCUUUUACACCUAGUGAACUCAAUGCUACCAGCACGUCCCAGCACAACCGUGAGACAACAGUGACUGAUUCUAUGGGCACUGGAGCUUCCACAGAUUCUAUGGGCAAUGGAGCUUCCACAGAUUCUAUGGGCACUGGAGCUUCCACAGAUUCUAUGGGCACUGGAGCUUCCACAGAUUCUAUGGACACUGGAUCUUCCACAGAUUCUAUGGGCACUGGAUCUUCCACAGAUUCUAUGGGCACUGGAUCUUCAACAGAUUCUUUGGGUACUGGAGCUUCCACAGAGUUCUCUACCAGAAUGGUCACAUCUAGUGGUCGUGAGGAACACAAGGAGACUCCAACCAAUACAGUGGAAGAGACGACCAUUCAGGGCCUGACAACUGCACCCCCAGCGCUCGAUGAUGUAGCCACCACAAUUGAUGACUCGUAUUCCAGGUUCGUUGCUGGCCAGCCACCCUUCAGCCCCAAAACCGAGGAUCCAACCAACACGGAAGUGCUGCCAACAUCUGCCGGGCCAGCAACUCAGAGGCCACCGCUUACAGUGGAAGCCACUGAUGUGCCAUCUACUGUUUACAGUUCCACCAACUCUAUGACUACUAUGACUGCUCCCAUCACCACCCAUCUGCCCAUCACCACCCCACAAACCCAAACCGAGCAGACUACCCUUGUUACCACCGGAACCAUACAGGUGCUCCAGACAACAUCCUCCACAGCCCAGCGCCUGCCUACCUCGCCCACUGGUGGUCCACAGGCAUCCAGUACAUCUAAUUCUGCUGAUGUCACUACCUUGCACUUAGAAACCAGCACGGCCACACCAGGGAACGCUACUGUACAUGGCAGACGUGCAACAACACCAUACAGCAAGAGCACCCCAAUCAGCAGGAGCACAAUGGUAAUAACCACCAGGAAUCAUACAGACAGAAGUACCACAGAGAUGGGAAUGACAACCACACAGAUGCCUUCAAGGUCAACCCCAUCACCAGGUCAUGUAUGUGGGCCAAAUACCUGUGCCAAUGGAGGCCACUGUGUUAGAACGGCUGAUGGAAAUGACCGCUGCCAGUGUCUGCCUGCAUGGACAGGCCCCUCCUGCACUGAAGAUGUGGAUGAUUGUAAGAAUGAUCCGUGCCCACAGGGUUCAGUGUGUGUCAACACAAGUGGCUCCUUCAGAUGUGAAUGUGCCCUGGGUUUUGACCUGGAGGAUGGCCGCAUCUGUGCGCAAGUGAAAACAUUUUUGGGCACCUUUACCGUGAACAACUCUAUGCACCUCAAGAGUUCAGGUCUGCAUGAGCUCCACAGAGAGAUCCUACAGCUGCUCAAUGCCUCUCUGUCCAUUUUCCAUGGUUACAGACACUCAACUUUGGAAAAAAGAGAUGGAGAAGGUGUGCAUUUCUCAGCAGUGAGCAUGUUUUCACUCCCCGCCAAUGUGACCAGCACUGAUGUCAAUAACAGCAUCCAGAUGUCCCUGAGCAACUGCAGUAGAACGUAUUCGCACUGCACCAUUAAGCUUCAGCACCAGCUCUCCUAUCACGUGGAGAGCCUGUGCUUGGCCCAGAAGACAGAGUGUGAUCUACAGUACUCCUCAUGCACGGAUGCUAGCGGGACCCCAUUCUGCCAGUGCCACCCAGGGUACUUUAAAAAAAACCUAGGGGACAUGACCUGUAGAGACUGUGGAGAUGGACUCAAGCUUGUUAAUAACAGCUGUGUUAAGUGCAUGUUUGGAUUUGGAGGUUUCAACUGCAGUAAUUCCUAUAAACUGAUAGCUGUGGUGGUCUCUCCUGCUGGGGGAGGUCUGCUGUUGAUUUUCAUCAUUGCUCUUAUAGUCACCUGCUGCAAAAAGGGCAAAAAUGACAUCAACAAAAUCAUCUUCAAAAGUGGAGACCUUCAGAUGUCGCCCUACCCAGAGUUUCCGAAGAGUAACCGUGUGUCCAUGGAGUGGGGCAGAGAGACUAUUGAGAUGCAGGAGAAUGGCAGCACCAAAAAUCUCCUGCAGAUGACAGACAUCUAUUACUCUCCUGCUCUGAGGAACUCCGACCUGGAGCGGAACGGUCUGUAUCCAUUCUCCGGACUCCCCGGUUCACGGCAUUCCUUCAUCUACCCAGCUCAGUGGAACCCUUCCUUCAUUAGUGAUGAUUCAAGGCGGAGGGACUACUUCUGACAGCCUUAUCCAGCAGCCCUGCAAUUUGGUUGCAUACAGUAUAAGCACUCUCAGCGUGGUUUAACCUGAGCUGGAGACUGACCACUUAAGGCAUCUGAAUGUGAAAAUGAGCUGGCAGAAAAAGACAAUUAUCUGUGGAACUAGAAGGAAGCCACAGGGUUCUGUCGGGGUCAGUUUAGCAUUUGCUAUUGCCAUUCCUCAAUGAAACGUCAGAUUCUGAUGAGGAGCUGAGGAGAACAUGAAACGGUGAGAUUUCAUUGAUUUGUUCUCAUAGCUCACAGCGGAGCGAUUCUUCAGUGGAAGUCUGUGAAUUUAUUCUAGAUUGAUGGAGGAUUACUCAUAAGAUGCCCGAGCUACAAUAUAACUUUUAUAUAAUAAAAGUUUGCACUACAAACUCCUCACACAGAUCUUAUCUCAAAUGGAAUAAGCCAUAAAUGUAUCAUAUUUAUACUCCUAAUAAUGUACCCUACUGGUUUGUACUGUGUAAAGGUUUUGUGUCUGUGUGUAAGGGGGUAUCUGAAUGUCCGCUUGAGUACACUACCAGACAAAAGUAUAGAUACGCACAUUAUUUAUUAUGAUUUCCCUUAAUUUAGAAUAAUACUAAUAUCAUCAAAACUAUGAUGUAACAAUUGGAAAACAAAUCAAAACUUAUUGUGCUUCUAAAUAGUCACCCUUUGCCUAGAUUACAAUUCUGCACAUUUUGAACAUUCUCUCACUUUUGACUUGUGUAUUUUCAUCAUAAGUUAGUGCAUAUAUCAUAAGUGAAACAUUUGCUGGAGAUUUAAGCCUGUAUAAAAGAUUAUUGAAAUGCAAUAUUACUGGGUGCAGUGUUUAUGAGACAUGUGUCAAGACAACUCCAAUAUUGUCAGUUUUUGAACUUCAGUAAUAAUCCAAAAAUGCAGUGCUGCCUUGUUUUUUCUAAUUUAUUGUAUUUAAGAUGUCCUUAAGAUGCUGAGAACCUCCCAACAACCCACAGUUAGUAUGUGUUUGUAUGGAUGCUUACUGGUGCAUGAUGGUAUGGACUUCACCUGGUGCCAGGUGUCUGUUUUAUCUAAUGUGUGUUCUAAUGAUAUGUGCUUUAUUUGUAAUCUUUAAUAUCAGAGACUUCUUUCCCAACUCAUAUGUAUGUUUCCUUCCUCUGAGGAUGGUCACUUAAGUCUGGCGUUGUAGUCAGAGUUGUAUUUUAAAAUAAAAGAAAUAAAGAUUGAUUUCUUAUUUUUUGUUUAAUUUCAUAGUAACUUGUCUUCUUUUUCU